UAAGUCCACCCUAAUCAAACCUUCAAAAUUCCUGUAUUUUACAAUUCAAGUUUUGUAGGUGGUAGCCCGAAUGGAGAACCCAAAUCCCCUCCACGUCGUCACAGCUCACUAGAGCAAUGCCCUUUUCUGGACAGUAGAAAGAAGAAAACUCCUUACCUCUUCUUUCCUCUCCGCCAAAAACCACCAACAUGGAAGAUCCCCAAGGCCAUCGCCACCACAAUCAAGAGUCGUCCACCUCCUCGUCACCGUCAUCAUGCACCACCACUUGCGUCAAAUGCGGCGGUCCAACAACUUACCCUCCGCCACCCCAAACCUCAUUUCCUUCAAUGUCCCCGCCUCCAACAUACCGUCCAAUACGAUCCCCAGCUAUAAAUCUCCCUCCGAACAACAAUACCCAAGCCAUAAUCCUCGCUCCCGUCCCUCAAUCCCAAAAGGUUCUACCCAUUUCACCUCCUUACAACUUUCAAAUCCCCUCCAAAAAAAUCCAAACCCCUGAAGAUAUACGCCACUUCCACAAUUCCGUCUCCUGCCAAAACUUCCUUGGAUUUAUUGUCGCUCUCUCCGAAUCCAUCCGCGGCCACAAAAUCUCCUAUCCCUGUCAUCAAUCACUCACUAUAAACACAUUACUUUCCAUUCUCGAAACCCUAAUUCUCUGGAUUGACCAAAUCCCUCCUGUCCAACAAUCUGCCCGUUAUGGCAACGUUUCGUACCGUACCUGGCAUAACCGUUUAGAGGAAAGUAGCGAGUCAUUAAUGCUGCAAUUUUUACCUGAUGACCUUAAACAAUCAACGGUCGAGAUUAUUCCUUAUUUCACUGAUAGUUUUGGUAAUUCGAGUAGGAUUGAUUACGGUACUGGUCAUGAAACGAACUUCGCUGCAUUUUUAUACUGUUUAGCAAGAAUGGGAAUGAUUAAAGAAGAGGAUUACCAAGCUGUGGUUGCUAGGGUGUUCGUUAAGUAUCUUGAUUUAAUGAGGAAAUUACAAUUGGUUUAUUCCUUAGAGCCUGCCGGUUCGCAUGGUGUUUGGGGGUUAGAUGAUUAUCAUUUCUUGCCGUUUAUAUUUGGUUCGUCGCAGUUGAUUGACCAUAGGUAUAUGAAACCUAAGUCAAUUCACAAUGAGGAUAUUUUGGAGAAUUUUUCCAAUGAGUAUAUGUAUCUUUCUUGUAUUGUGUUUAUUAGAAAGGUUAAAAAAGGUUUGUUUGCUGAGCAUUCACCUUUGCUGGACGAUAUUAGUGGUGUGCCUAAUUGGAACAAGGUGAACAGUGGGUUGCUUAAAAUGUAUAAAGCUGAAGUUUUGGAGAAAGUGCCUAUCAUGCAGCAUUUUCUAUUUGGUUGGCUCAUUAAGUGGGAGUAGUAUCUGAUUAUCAGCUCUAUAGGAACAUAUGCUACAAAAUCCAAAGAAAUCAUUUGUUACUUGAUCUUACCUAGUGUCGUUGCACUGCAGUUGCUGGUCGCCAAAUUUGGAAAUAUGAUAAACUUGUUACUUUAGAAUGCAUUUGAAGUUUUUCCUGCCACUUUAAACUGGCCAAGCAGAUGCAGUGCGCCUGCCUUUUUGUUUUGACUUGCAUUUGUGAUAGUACAAUUAUUUUGAAUGGUUGAUGGAAUGAAAUUCUAUCUUUUGGUAGAGCAAAUAGUUGAACAAGUGGGCAUGGGUUUUCUUCCCAUGGUUGUGAGGCCAAACUGAUAUGGUAAUCAAAGUGGAAUGCUGCGCCAAGCAUUAUAAUGAACAGUACCGAUAUGCCCAUAGGACUUGCUGUUUUAAAGGAGUUGGCUUUCACGACCAUUUGUUCGGCAGGAUCAUUAAAUAAGAUUAUUCAACAGCACGAUGAGAAAUGGAAGCAAAUGCUGAAGGCCAUUGUAACGCUUCAAUAUGCGUCUUUUACUGGUUGGUAGCCAUUUAUAAUGUUAUGGAUUAUAUCAUUGGUGUAGGGUAUCUAACUUUCAAUUCGCUGGAAAGGAAGGAAUUGUUUCUUGAUGUGUUAA